UGUGUUUCUAUUGCCGCUGCCCUUUCUGUUCCUAACACUCCUGCUGCCACUAGCGCCACUGCCACUUCUGUUCCUGCUACAUUUUACCACCGCCGACACUUCUGCCAACACCGCUUCUGCUGCUGCUGCUACUUUGCUCUCCCUGGAGUCUCCUUCCCCAGGCAGGCUGACCCCGGGAAGCCCCUGGCGCCCGUCUCUGUCCUGGCAGCAGCGCCCGCCAUGUCGGCCAACGCCACGAAGCUCCUCUGCCCGCUCCUCGAGGAGAUGACGCGCCUGCAGAAGCACAGCAACUCCAGCAUCCGCUACAUCGACCACGCGUCGGUGGUGCUGCACGGGCUGGCCUCCCUGCUGGGCCUGGUGGAGAACGGACUCAUCCUCUUCCUGGUGGGCUGCCGCCUGCGCCAGACGGUCAUCACCACCUGGGUGCUGCACCUGGCGCUGUCCGACCUGCUGGCCACUGCCACGCUGCCCUUCUUCACCUACUUCCUGGCCGUGGGCCACUCGUGGGAGCUGGGCACCACCUUCUGCAAGAUACAUUCCUCCAUCUUCUUCCUCAACAUGUUCGCCAGCGGCUUCCUGCUCAGUGCCAUCAGCCUGGACCGCUGCCUGCAGGUGGUGCGGCCCGUGUGGGCGCAGAACCACCGCACGGUGGCGGCGGCCCACAAGGUCUGCCUGGUGCUCUGGGCCCUGGCCGUGCUCAACACCGUGCCCUACUUUGUGUUCCGGGACACCAUCCCGCGGAUGGACGGGCGCAUCAUGUGCUACUACAACGUGCUGCUCCUCAACCCCGGGCCGGACCCCGACGCCACGUGCAACUCGCGCCAGUUGGCCCUGGCGGUCAGCAAGUUCUUGCUGGCUUUCUUGGUGCCGCUGGCCAUCAUCGCCUCCAGCCACGCAGCCGUGAGCAUCCAGCUGCGCCAACGCGGCCGCCGGCGGUCCGGCCGCUUCGUGCGCCUGGUGGCGGCCGUGGUGGCGGCCUUCGCGCUCUGCUGGGGGCCCUACCACGUCUUCAGCCUGCUGGAGGCGCGCUCGCACAGCAACAAGGCGCUGCGGCCGCUCGCCUGGCGCGGGCUGCCCUUCGUCACCAGCCUGGCCUUCAUCAACAGUGUGAUCAACCCGCUGCUCUACGUGUUCACCUGCCCCGACCUGCUGCGCAAGCUGCGGCGCUCGCUGCGCAGCGUGCUGGAGAGCGUGCUGGUGGACGACAGCGACCUCGUCACCGGCAGCAGCAGCCGCCGGCGCCGCGCCUCCUCCACCACCGUGGUCCCCCGCCCACGCAGGUCCCAGCGCCUGCUGGACUGGCUGCGUGGUGGCCCCGCUGCACCGUCGGCGAAGGCCCGGGCCGGGUCCCAGGAGGAGAACGGCCCCCUGAGCCGGGCACUGAGCAACACCUCUGGUUAGAGGCACGGGCCCCGCCUUGCCAUUCUCCCCGGAAGACGAAGACAAAGGCAAAGGCAGAGGCAAGGCUGCGACCCAGCGCCAAAGCAUCCUGAAGCCACCGCCUGUUAAAAUGUAGAUAGCCCAGUCCCAGCCUGAGAGCUUAGUCCGGAGGGCAGGCCCCAAGAAUCUGCAUUUUACAGUGUCCGGUGUGACUCGGUGACGCCUUUUCACCGACGGAGUUAAAGCAGUCUUUGCAAACUUCCCUGCGCACGGGCCGCCCGAGGACCAGCGGGUGGGGCCGGGGGCCGAGAGGCUGCAUUUCUAACAAGCUCCCAGGUGCUGCUGGGCCACGGGCCGCACCUGGGGUAACACCGGGCUAGGACCACCUGAGACUUCUCCAACCAGGGUUGCGGGCUGCUCCCGCGCACACACAGGAUGCAUCUCCCUGGAGCUCAGCUUCACCAGGUGACUGGGGGGAGGAGGGGACUUUUUAUGACACCAGUGAUGCCGUUUUGGAGCCGGGAAGAGAGGAAGGUUUGGGGAACACUGUUCCGGUCUGGCUUCUUCCCGUUAGCCGUCUACCCGGUGUUGACCGGGCUGGGUGUUUCAUUCCACGUUCUUGCGUGGUAGGCUCUGUUCGCCCCAGUUCUCACAGAUACACGCAUCCAGGUGCGGGGAGGUUCCAUGCCCCAAGUACGGGUCCGCAUGCUGACCGUGAAGCAUUGCUUGCUCACUGGCUAUGUAGUAAGUGACACAACAUCCUGACGCACCGCAGGGAGUAGGAAAGUAACUGUGUGAGCCUCCAUCCCCUCCCUCCGGCCCAGUGCUCAAAGUGUUUACGAGGUGGAAAAAGCAAAGGUGUGCCGUGGUCAAGCGUUUGGGCAACCAGGGCUGACCACAGGGCGGUGGGCAUCUUGACUGUCUUCUGUCUUGAGGAUUUUAAUGGGCACAGCAGCUGCCGAGAUCACAGCCCGUGACACUCCCUCACUAACGUGACACCUCUGGGUGCCCGUGUUCUGUGGCACGCUCUGUGGGCAACGUGGGCCACCCCGAGAUCUUUGCAGCACCCACCUCCAGACCACACAGGGGCUGGGUGCCUGCCACUCCCGCCUGCAGCGGUGAGGGGCCACUGGCAUGCCCUUCACAGCUCGCCGGAAGCACCAUGCCCAUCUCCUCUGCCUGCCGCGGACUCAAGGUCAGCCUGCUGUUCUCAGACCUGCAUCCCAGCGCCUGGCACGGAGCUGGUGCCGGGAAGUGUUCGGUGGAUGAGACACGAGUGGAAGAGCCAGGAUGAGAGACUUUCUUGGGACCUCGGUCCAGUGCUCCUCGAGCCAGCCUCAGGCUGGGCAGGCCAGUUUAAGGUCCACUCCCAGUCCCGGACAGGGCCAGCCCACUGGACAGCAGCUGUCCAGCUGGCAGAACAAACAUCCCAUCACAGCACCCUGCUCCGGUUCCCUCCCACCCCUCCCCUGCUUUACUCAUAGCAUUUUCGCCGCCUGACAUGUAAUAAA